UUUUGAAAGGAUACCUGAAACUUAUAUAAUGCACAAGCAAAUGCGUCAGGAUCCUAAACCCAUACAUAAACCCUAAUUUCGCUCUUCCGCCUCCAUAACCAAAAUCCUAAUCCUCAGAAUGGGCCGUCGGAAGAACAACAGCAAUAACAAUCAGGGCUCUAUGGGCUUCACUGACGCGCAACAGCAAGGCACCAAGAAUCGAUUCCAUGAUGAAGACGAAAAGCUAACCACACAGAGCUCAAAUAUUGUCGAUUCAACUGUAGCCGGCGAUAAAGCCAUUGCUAUGGAAGACGACUCCAUGUGCGAGGCUGAUGUGUCCUUUGUCGAUGACGAUGACGAUGACAAUAAGACUAGCGCCGAUUAUUAUUUUGAUUCCUAUUCUCACUUUGGUAUUCACGAAGAAAUGCUGAAGGAUGUAGUGAGAACUAAGACAUAUCAGAAUGUUAUUUAUCAGAAUAAGUUUCUAUUUAAGAAUAAAAUAAUACUUGAUGUUGGUGCUGGAACUGGAAUUCUAUCCCUAUUUUGUGCAAAAGCUGGGGCUGCGCAUGUUUAUGCGGUCGAGUGCUCUGACAUGGCUGACAUGGCGAAAGAAAUAGUUGAAUCAAAUGGAUUUUCAGAAGUUGUAACAGUUUUGAAGGGAAAGAUUGAAGAGAUUGAGCUACCGGUUGCUAAAGUAGAUAUUAUAAUUUCAGAAUGGAUGGGAUAUUUUCUAUUGUAUGAGAAUAUGUUAAACACGGUCCUCUAUGCACGGGAUAAGUGGCUUGUCAAUGAUGGAAUUCUUCUACCAGACAAAGCUUCCCUUUAUUUGACAGCCAUUGAGGAUGCAGACUAUAAAGAAGAUAAAAUUGAAUUUUGGAAUAAUGUCUAUGGCUUUAACAUGAGCUGCAUCAAGAAGCAAGCCAUGAUGGAACCUCUUGUUGAUACAGUUGAUCAGAAUCAAAUUGUCACGAACUGCCAGCUAUUAAAGACCAUGGAUAUUUCUAAAAUGGUUUCUGGGGAUGCAUCCUUCACGGUUCCUUUCAAACUUGUGGCAGAACGUGAUGAUUACAUCCAUGCUUUGGUAGCCUACUUUGAUGUGUCAUUUACCAAUUGCCAUAAGUUAAUGGGCUUCUCUACAGGGCCAAGAUCACGGGCUACACACUGGAAGCAAACAGUCUUAUACCUAGAAGAUGUGCUCACUAUAUGCGAAGGGGAAGCCCUGACAGGGCACAUGACUGUAGCACCAAACAAAAAGAAUCCUCGUGACAUUGAUAUAAUGAUCAAAUAUGCAUUAAAUGGGCGGCGCUGUGUGGUCUCAAGGGUUCAAUAUUAUAAGAUGCGAUGAUAUACAUAUACAUACAUGUGUUCCAUAGAUCGAAGCAUGGCAAAGAUUGAUGCUUUUACCGCUACUAGUGUAUCUAGUGAGUUGCUUCUACUUGGAAGUUGUGUGUCUUUCAUAAUUCUUAUCUGUUGAAGAGUGAGAGAGUUGUGGGGUUGAUUUCAGUGAUCCUUGUUGUCUAUAAUUCUAAUCUCUUUUGACGUAUGUGAAAAGGUGAUUGAGAAUGCGAUGUUGAAUUUUUGAAAUCUAAUUCAGGAUCUUACAUUGUACUUGUUUUUAAA